GUCCCUGCUGCCCAGCCCCUGCUGGCCUUUCUGUGCACAGCAGGUCAGGAUGGGGAGGUGCCUGGUGCCCCGACUGCCUGCCCUCCCUGUGUGCCUCGCCGUGGUCCAGCUGCUCAGCCCCUGCUCAGCUGAGUUUGCUGUGGUCGGCCCCCCCGAGCCCAUCCUGGCCAUGGUGGGUGAAGACGCAGACCUGCCCUGUCACCUGUCCCCAAAGAUGAGCGCUGAGGCCCUGCAGCUGAUGUGGGUGCAACCCAGCCGCAGGCAGGUAGUGCACGUGUACGCACACGGGCAGGAGGAGACACCGGCAGAGCAGUUUCGAGGGAGAACUUCGAUUUCACGAGAGGACGUCACUGUGGGGAAGGCCGCUCUCCGGAUUCGCAGUGUCAGCGUCUCUGACAAUGGAACCUACCUGUGUUAUUUCCAAGAUGGAGACUUCUAUGCAAAAGCCCAGGUGGAGCUGCAGGUGGCAGCGCUGGGCUCUGAUCCCCACAUUAACAUGACGGGCUACGAGGCUGGACGGAUCCGUGUGAACUGCACAUCUGCCGGCUGGUACCCGCAGCCCCAGAUCCAGUGGAGAGACGCCAGGGGACAGAGCUUGUUCUCGGAGGCAGCAUCUGAGGCUGCAGACCCCCAGGGCCUUUAUGCAGCCUCAGCCUCUGUGAUCCUGGAAGGCGGCUCUGGGGAGGUGGUCUCCUGUGUCAUCAGAAACCCCCUGGUGGGCCAGGAGAGGUCAGCCAGGCUUUCCAUCGCAGGUCCCUUCUUCAGGGACACACAGCCUUGGGUGGUGGUGCUCGCGGUGAUGGUGCUGGUUCUUGGGGAGCUCCUGGUGGGGGUGGCGUGCUGGCUGCACCAAGGGCGGAAGAGGAUCCAGGCCCUGUCCCAGGAGAGGGGGAUAGAGCGAGCCGAGAAAGAAGCAGCACAAGCUGAGAGAGAAGCAGCACAAGCCGAGAGAGAAGCAGCACAAGCUGAGAGAGAAGCGGCACGAGCUGACAGAAAAGCAGCGCGCGCACAGCUGCGGCAGGAGUGGCAGCUGCAGCGAAGCAUCCAAGGGCAGAGAAAGCCCAGGUACCGAGCACCUUUGGACCGGGACCUGAAUGAAGACCUGUGUGAUGGGUGUCCCGAGGGGACAGAGGUCCUGCAGCAGUGCAACUCCAUGGCGGACACGGUGUGCGGCCCACCCGGUCCAGGCUCGUGUCCCCAGCCCCUGGGUCUCAGUGGGACCUGCCAGGGCGUCACCUCUCUGUGA